UGCAGGUGUCGUAAUCUCUGUGCUGAUGACUGCGGCCACGUACACAAAUAACAGCAUAAGGUGUGGCUUGAAUAAAGUUUGGCAGGAAGAAGCAAAUGGCCAAGCUUUCCCCGUGACGUCGCAAUUGCUUCCCGCCGCUUGGCUUCGACCUUUGACCACCAGCCAUCUUCGACUUAGAACCCCACGCUGCGACUCUCACCCCUACCGUAUCGGUACUACAGGCGCGCACUCUUCCAGGUAUGUCCUUUGCGGUCACAUUGUCUCGAAUCGAAGCUGUUGCGGAAGUGGGCGCUCUCUCGUACUGCGAGCCACGGAACAGCUGACAAUGUACAGGAAUAGCCGAAACACCCAGACUCCUAUCGAACGUCCAUAUCCACAACCGGCAUAAUGUCGAACCAAGGUUACUACGGCGGCCAACCCCAGCAGCCCCAGUAUCCCGGUAACACCUAGUAUGUUCCUCAUAUCUCUUCUGGUGGUUACCUUGAAACACAGGUCCCUCGCUGGUGCUUGCGCAGGUAACCAACUGACAAAACUGCAGUGGUGCGCCGCAGCAGGGAGGAUACGGAGGCUACCCACCGCAACAAUACCAGGCUCCGCCGCCGAUGCAGCAACAAUACUAU